AUGUCUUUCCGUGGAGGCGGUCGUGGCGGAGGCCGCGGUGGCAGCUUUGGCGGCCGUGGUGGUGGUCGUGGAGGAUUCCAGCAGAGAGACUUUGGACCGCCCGCACAGAUCCUUGAGAUGGGCAAGUUCAUGCACGCCUGCGAAGGCGAAAUGGUCUGCGAGUCGAUCAACCCCAAGGUCCCCCACUUCAACGCCCAGAUCUUCCUCGAGAAUAAGACCGCCGUCGGCAAGGUCGACGAGGUCCUCGGCCCGAUCAACCAGGUCUACUUCACCAUCAAACCCUCCGAGGGCAUCCAGGCGACAUCUUUCAAGGAGGGCGACAAGUUCUACAUUGGAAGCGAGAAACUGCUGCCGCUCGACAAGUUCCUGCCCAAGCCCAAGCCCCCGCCUGGUGCGCCCAAGCCCAAGCGCGCUGGUGGAAGGGGAGGACCUCGUGGCGCUGGCCGCGGAGGACCUAGGGGUGGCUUCGGUGGACGGGGAGGUGGCGGUCGCGGAGGCGGCCGUGGAGGCAGUGGAUUUGGUGGUCGCGGAGGCGGUGGCCGUGGCGGUGGCUUCUCGCGUGGUGGUAGUGGUGGUGGCCGCGGCGGCGGUGGGUUCUCUCGUGGAGGUGGUGGCCGCGGCGGCGGUGGCUUCUCAAGGGGCCGUGGUGGCUACUAA